AUGGCUAAUGAAAUCCAAAAAUUGAAAAGGGAAAAAGAUAAAUAUAUUUCCCUGGGAAAAUAUAAAGAUGUGGCAGCUAUUUGUCACGGUAUUGGUGCCGAGCUUGCUAAAAAAGGGAAGUAUGAAGAAGCCUUAGAAUUUCACACUGAAGCUUUAGAGUACUCUGAAAAGUUAAAUGAUCGUUUUGAAAUUGCAGUCUCUAAUCGCAUGCUUGGUGAAUGUUAUGCCGAAGACAACAAUUUUAAAAGAGCUCUUAUUCACAUUAAAAAGUAUUUGGAUCAUGUUGUCCAUCUUGGUAAUGCUGUAGAGGAACAAAGAGCAUGGGCAACUUUUGGAAGAACGUAUUACAUGAAAUAUUGCCAUGAACUUGAGCAUGAUAAAGUUUCAUGUUCUAAAACUUUAGAUUUCGCCGAACAAUCGUACAAUCGAGCUUUACUACUGGCCGAAGAUCUUAGAAAGGAAGAGAAAUUAGGAGAAAAAGAUUUUAGUGAAAUGCGAGCGCGAUUGCUGUUGAAUCUUGGCCUUGUAUGCGAAGAUAGAGGAAAUCUAUUAGACUGUGCUAAGUACAUCCAAGAAGCUAUAGCGUUGGCAACAAAAUAUGAUCUUUUGGAAGACUUAAAUCGAUGUCAAAGUAGUCUCGCUAAUGUUUGCAAAAAGCAUGGGGAAUAUUCCCAAGCGUUAACUCUGUAUAAUGGAGUAAUUGCUUCUUCAGAAAAAUUACAGGAUAAAACAAUGAUGUGUGAUGCAUUAUUUUCUAAAGCCUAUGUAUUAAUUGCUCUGCGAAAAGAUUUUGAGGGGGCUAAGAAAUGUUUAGGAAAAGCAUACAGAUUGCACACUUCUGUUGAAGAAGAUCAUGAACGGAUAACUAGAAGUUUGAAGUCUUUAAUUGGCUUGUGUGAAAUUCAGAAAAAAUUGCAAACUUUAGAUGUUAAUGAGCAUUUGGAGAGAAAAGAGCUCUUGGAAAAAAUUGCUGACACAUUAUCUGCUUUGGAGCUGUAUAAACUAGCUAUAGAAUUUUACCUAUCUACUCUAAAAUGUAUUGAGGAUGCUCACUUGAGUUUAUUGGAAAAGGCUCCAAUAUAUUACUCCAUUGCUCAGACAUAUUAUGAUGAUGGUAAUUACGAAAAAGCGUGUGAGUACUUCGAAAAGGAAUUUGAUUGUAAUGAAAAUAAACCUGUUGAAAGGGUUAAAACUUUAUGGAAAAUAGCAGACAUUUUUGAAGAGCAAGAAAUGCAUGAAAAUGCUGAAAAAAGACUCUUGAACGCAAAAGAUAUUGCCAAAAAGAUAAAUAACCUCAAGCUUUUGCAUCUUACUCUCGAAAAAUUAAAGACUUUAUAUGAAUCGAAUGGCAUUACCAACAAAUUAAAUGACACUCUAUGUGAAUUAAAUGCUAUUAAUGUUGAAGAUCUAUCCAGUGAGGAGGAUAUUGAUGUGGAGGAAAAUACUGAAAACUUAUUUGAUGAUGUCAGUAUUAGCGAUAUGUUAACAAGUGAGAGUGAUGAAGAGAAAACAGAUGCCUCAAGACGGAGAAGGAGAACCAAGAAAUGUAUUGUGAAAGUUAAUGAAGUUGGAGAAACGCCAUUGCACCAAGCAUGCAUAAAAGGUAACUUGAAUAUGGUAAAGAAAUUAAUUGAUACUGGUCAUCCAAUAAAUGCUAGAGAUGCAUGUGGCUGGACCCCAUUACAUGAAGCAUGUAAUCAUGGUUGGUAUGAUAUUGUAGAAUACUUAAUAGACAAAGGAGCUGACAUUAAUGAUCGUGGAGGUGAGUUAUGUAAAGGUGUUACUCCUUUAAUUGAUGCUGCAGGCUGUGGUCAUCUUGAAAUUAUAAGGCUACUGGUAUCCAAAGGGGCUACUGUUACAGUAAAAAAUGAUGAUGGGGAAACUGCUUUACAAGCAUUGUUGAACUGGAAAGUUUCUGAAAUGAGGAAUUUAGAUGCUAAUUAUCUAAAAUUGUGUGAAAUUGUUGAAAAUGAUUUAAAGAGCAGUAUGAUACAAGCUGGACUGCUUGUUGAAAACUACUCUGGUGUCACAAAUGAAUACUCAUUUGAAGAUAUGAAGGGAGAUGGUCCCAGUGCUGUCUCCAAUCAUGAGAGUAGAACUUCUGAAAAACGUUCUAGAUCCCCUAGUCUUUCACCAGAUAUUGAAUCCUAUGAAGAUGAACUUCCUUUACUGCAUUUCGGGAAUGAACCAAGACUUGACUAUGAUGAUGCUGAAACAGCACAAGCCGAGUAUAAAGCUGCAAUAUCAAAUGUUAGACGAAGUGCAAAAACAGUUUCUCCUGUUAAGAAAUCUGUAUUUCAAGAAAAAGUAACUUCUCUACCUGCUCUUCUUAAAGAGACAGAAGUUGUGAAUGAAUGGCUGAUAAAAGACACAAAUCAGAUUCCAAAAGUUAAAAGAAAACGGCGAAGAAUGAAUAAUUUAAGUAUCAGAACUAGUAAAUCUAUAAACAAUUAUUUAAUGCCUCAAGAAGUGGCUGGACAAUCUGUUGGUGAAUCUAAUAUCAUUGUAUCUGAUGAUGAUGAUAAUAGCAUUGUAUCUUGCUUAUCUGUUGAUUCUAACCCUCAAAUGAACUUUGACUUUGAUAAUAGGGAAAAUAAUGAAACUGCAUUUUCCCCUGAAAAGAAAAAGGGGUUAUCAUCUAAACUAUCAUUCUGUUUAAGGGUUCGGAUCACAGACAAAUUGAUACUUGUGCCGAUUCCAGAAGAAACGUGCAAUAUUGAGUGGCUGAUGGAAGAAGCAGCUAUUAGGUAUCAAAGUCUAACUGGGAAGAAGCCACAUUUAACCCUUAUGACAAAAGAAGGUGCACAGAUGUUAAAUACAGAUUUGAUACAAAAUAUCUUUAACAAUAAUGAUGAAGUUUUGUCCAAUGUUAAAUUCUGGAUUGAACCUUCUCUGAGUGACUGGUAUGAACAGUUAUGUACUAAACACGGAUCAAAAGCUGUGGCAUCUGUUAAAAAAAGAUUUCAGUUGUUUGAAUCCACACAUAAGCUUGAUUUUUCCAACUGCUCCAUUCCAACUACUCACUUGAAUUUGAUUUUUACGUCAGUGCGCAAUUUUAAAACUUUACGACACCUUGACAUCAGCGGUACUAUCAUUGCAGUUGACAGUAUAAAGGAUUUUCUUGCAUGCAUACCGUCUUUUAUCUCAUUAGUAUCACUUAAUAUGAGCUGUUGUUGUAUUACUACACAAGGUAUAAAACUGUGGUCUGAAUGUCUGAACAACUGCAAUUCUGCUGUUUUAUUUCCUAGCUUGCAAACUUUAAAUCUAAGUCAUAAUGUUUUUACUCCAGAUUCAUAUUGUUUUUUUGUUGCAAUCUUCAAACUGCCAUCUUUAAUUAACCUUGACUUAUCCUCUUGUAAUUUAAAAUCUUCAUUCUUUAGCAAAAGUAUCUGUAACUCUUUAAAAAUUCGUGCUUUUCAGAAUUUCGAUAUAUCCAAUAAUGAUUUAGAUAGUGAUGGGAUUUCUGAAUUUCUUGUAAGCAUACAGAAACAAAGUUUACGUGUUUUAAAUUUGUCAUGUACGAUAGACUCAAACAUAGGAUUUGGUCAUAAACUUAAAACUUUUCUAUCUGAAGGACUGCCAUCUCUUGAAGAAAUAAUAUUACGAGGGUGUAAUUUGACGAAUGAAGAUUUAAAAUACAUUUCUUCGAUUUUCCCUCAUUGUACAAAAUUGAAAGUGGUGGAUUUAUCAGCAAACCCCAAGCUAUUGGGUGAAAAUAUAGCUGAUUUUCUUCUGUGCGCUUAUAAAUACAAUGUUAAUAUUACUAAGUUGUCAUCCUCUGGGACAUUUUUGUGGAGGAAUGCAAAUAUUGAUUUGUUUGCUCAAGUAUUCAAGCACAAAAUUUUAAAUCAUUUAUUUGCUGAUAAAUGUCCCCUUGAUUUAUCUGAAGAUCUGUUUAAUUUAUGGAAAAAUGUUUGGGAAAGUAAAGCUGUAUGCAUGAAUAAUUUAUUUUGUGAACUGAAAAUUGCAUGAAACUAAAU